ACAUUCAUGGAUGUGGCCGUAGAAUUCUCUCUGGAGGAGUGGGAAUGCCUGAACCUUGCUCAGCAGAAUUUGUAUAGGGAUGUGAUGUUAGAGAACUACACAAACCUGGUCUCUGUAGGUCUUGCUGUCUCUAAACCAGACCUGAUCACCUAUCUGGAACAAAGAAAUGAACCUUGGAAGGUGAGGAAAUACAUUGCAGUAGCCAAAUACCCAGCUAUGUCUUCUCAUUACACCCAAGAGUGUUUGCCAGGGAAAAGUGUGAAAGAUUCAUUCCAAAAAGUGCUACUGAGAAAUUAUGAAGGCUCUGGACUUCAUAAUUUAAGCUUAACGAAAGAGUGGGAAAGUGUGGGUGAGUGUAAGGAGCAGGAAGAAUGUCAUAAUGAAUGUAACCAGUUUUCAACAGCUAGCCAUUGCAAAGUUGUCAAAUGUAAUAAAUAUUUGAAUGUCUUCAGAAAAUUAUCAAAACGAAAUAGACAUAAGAUAAGACAUACUGUAAAGAAAAUUUUCAAAUGUGAAGAAUGUGGAAAAGCCAUUAACAAAUCUUUUAUCCAGCGUUCAAACCUGACCACACAUAAGACAGUUCAUACUGGAGAGAAACCCUACAAAUAUGAAGAAUGUGGCAAAGGUUUUAACCGGUGUUCAAUACUUACCAAACAUAAGAGAAUUCAUGCUGGAGAGAAACCCUACAAAUGUGAAGAAUGUGACAGAACUUUUAACUGGUGGUCAACUGUGACCACGCAUAAAAGAAUUCAUACUGGAGAGAAACCUUACAAAUGUGAAAAAUGUGGCAAAGCUUUUAUCCAGCAUUCAAACCUGACCAAACAUAAGAGAAUUCAUACUGGAGAGAAACCCUACAAAUGUGAAGAAUGUGGCAAAGCCUUUAACCAGUGUUCAUCACUUACCAAUCAUAAGAGUAUUCAUACUGGAGAGAAACCCUACAAAUGUGAAGAAUGUGGCAGAGCUUUUAUCCACCGUUCAAGCCUGACCACACAUAAGAGAAUUCAUACUGGAGAGAAACCCUACAAAUGUGAAGAAUGUGGCAAAGCUUUUAUCCAGCAUUCAAACCUGACCACACAUAAGGCAAUUCAUACUGGAGAGAAACCCUACAAAUGUGAAGAAUGUGGCAAAGCUUUUAUCCAGUGUUCAAUCCUGACCAAACAUAAGACAAUUCAUACUGAAAAGAAACCCUACAAAUGUGAAGAAUGUGGCAAAGCUUUUAAGUGGUCUUCAUACCUUAACAUACAUAAGACAAUUCAUACUGGAGAGAAACCCUACAAAUGUGAAGAAUGUGGCAAAGCCUUUAACUGGUGUUCAGUACUUACCUAUCAUAAGAGAAUUCAUACUGGAGAAAAACCCUACAAAUGUGAGGAAUGUGGCAAAACUUUUAACCGGUGGUCAACCCUGACCACGCAUAAAAGAAUUCAUACUGGAGAGAAACCUUACAAAUGUGAAAACUGUGGCAAAGCUUUUAUCCAGCAUUCAACCCUGACCAAACAUAAGACAAUUCAUACUGGAGAGAAACCCUACAAAUGUGAAGAAUGUGGCAAAACCUUUAUCCAGCGUUCAGCCCUGACUAUACAUGAAACAAUUCAUACUGGAGAGAAACCCUACAAAUGUGAAGAAUGUGGCAAAGCCUUUAACCAGUGUUCAUUACUUACCAAGCAUAAGAGAAUUCAUACUGGAGAGAAACCCUACAAAUGUGAAGAAUGUGGCAGAGCUUUUAUCCACUGUUCAAGCCUGACCACACAUAAGAGAAUUCAUACUGGAGAGAAACCCUACAGAUGUGAAGAAUGUGGCAAAGCCUUUAACCGGUCUUUUAUCCACCGUUCAAGCCUGACUACACAUAAGACAGUUCAUACUGGAGAGAAACCCUACAAAUGUGAAGAGUGUGGCAAAGCUUUUAGCCAGCGUUCAAACCUGACCGCACAUAGGACAAUUCAUACCACAGAGAAACCCUACAAGUGUGAAGAAUGUGGCAAAGCCUUUAACUGGUGUUCAGUACUUACCAAACAUAAGAGAAUUCAUACUGGAGAGAAACCCUACAAAUGUGAAGAAUGUGGCAAAGCUUUUAACAAAUGUUCAACACUGACCACACAUAGGACAAUUCAUACUGGAGAGAAACCCUACAAAUGUGAAGAAUGUGGCAAAGCCUUUAACCGGUGUUCAUUACUUACCAAUCAUAAGAGAAUUCAUACUGGAGAGAAACCCUACAAAUGUGAACAAUGUGGCAGAGCUUUUAUCCACCGUUCAAGCCUGACCACACAUAAGAGAAUUCAUACUGGAGAGAAACCCUACAGAUGUGAAGAAUGUGGCAAAGCCUUUAACCGGUGUUCAUUACUUACCAAUCAUAAGAGAAUUCAUACUGGAGAAAAACCCUACAAAUGUGAAGAAUGUGGCAGAGCUUUUAUCCACCUUUCAAGCCUGACCGCACAUAAGACAGUUCAUACUGGAGAGAAACCCUACAAAUGUGAAGAAUGUGGCAAAGCUUUUAACCAGUAUUCAACCCUGAGCAAACAUAAAACAAUUCAUACUAGAGAGAAACCCUACAAAUGUGAAUGAUGUGGCAAAGCCUUUACUCAAUGCUCUUACCUUACUAUACAUGAGAGAAUUCAUAGCUGAGAAAAAUCCUACAAAUGUAAACAAUGUGGCACAUCCUUUAAUAACUGUUCACAUAGUACUUGACAUGACAGGGUUCAUACUAAUUAAAA